UUCAGCCAUGGCGGGAGGUGCGGAGGCGGCGCGGUUGAGUGCGGAGAUCAGUCAGCGGGAGCAGGAGUUGCGCGGGCUACGUGAGCGGCUGGCCGCCGUCCUGACGGGAGAUGUCGUGGGGGACGUCGCGGCCGCAGAGGAGGCUGCCUCCGGCUUUCCCGGCGAGCUCCCCCCUCUGCCUGCCCAGGCCUCGCUGAGCCCCGCCGACAUCCUGCGGUACAGCCGGCAGCUGGUGCUGCCCGAGCUGGGCGUGCGGGGGCAGCUGCUAUUGGCCCGCUCCUCCGUGCUGGUGGUGGGCUGCGGCGGCCUGGGCUGCCCCCUGGCCCAAUACCUGGCCGCGGCCGGCGUCGGCCGCCUGGGUCUGGUGGAUCACGACGUGGUGGAGACGAGCAACCUACACCGGCAGGUGCUGCACGGGGAGGCCCGACGAGGGCUCCCCAAGGCCGUAUCUGCUGCUGCAGCCCUGCGGCUGCUGAACUCCACUGUACAGUAUGUGCCCUACUGUGGUGCCCUGAGCCCUCCCACUGCCCUAGAGCUGGUGCGGCAGUAUGACAUUAUCGCCGACUGCUCCGACAACGUCCCCACCAGGUACUUGGUGAAUGAUGCCUGUGUCCUGGCUGGGAAACCUCUGGUGUCCGGCAGUGCCCUCCGUCUGGAGGGGCAGCUGGUUGUGUACAACUACCAGGGAGGGCCCUGCUACAGGUGUCUCUUCCCCAAGCCCCCUCCACCAGAAACAGUGACUAACUGUGCAGAUGGGGGAGUGCUGGGUGUCGUGCCAGGCAUCAUGGGGUGCAUCCAGGCCUUGGAAGUGCUGAAGAUUGCUUCAGGAAUGGGUUCCUCCUUCAAUCAGUUCAUGCUGAUGUUUGAUGCCCGUGAAGGGAGGUUUCGCAACAUCAAGUUAAGACCAAAGAAAGCAGACUGUGCUGUUUGUGGUGACAAUCCAACUGUCACCUGCCUUCAAGAUUAUGAGGCAUUUUGUGGUUCUUCUGCAACAGACAAGUGUAGGACUUUACAUCUGCUGUCCAGUAAAGACAGGGUAUCUGUAGAGGAGUACAAAAAACUGAUGGAUGAACAAGUUCCUCAUGUAUUGUUAGAUGUUCGUCCACAGGUAGAAGUGGAUAUCUGUCGCCUGGUACAUGCUGUCCACAUUCCUUUGAGUAAAUUAGAAGAAAAAGAUGAAGAGUGUCUGGAAAAUUUAGAAAAAAGAAUUUGUGAAGAAAAGCAGAGAACUAAUGGCCAGACAUCUUUUCCUGUAUAUGUUGUUUGCAAAUUAGGAAAUGACUCACAGAAGGCUGUAAGAAUUCUGCAGGAGUUACCUGUCAAAGAAUUUGGUUCUGUGUUAGCUAAGGAUAUUAAAGGGGGGCUUAUGGCUUGGGCCAGUAAAAUUGACCCAACAUUUCCUCAGUAUUAGAAAUUUAAAUGGUGAAAAAAAACCAAACAACAGAUUUUCAUAGGGUUUCAUCUUCUCUGUGUAAUGACUAUAUCACGUGGAUAAAACAGGAGAUUGAAAUACCAUGUUGCUUUUUAAAUUUUUUUUUAAAAAGUAUUUUUGUAGAUAUCUGAUUAUUUUGUUUAUAAAAAUGUGAAAGUGUCCAUGGAAAUGGAAAAAAUGUGUUUCUUGGUUAUUAUUUAGUAGUGAAAACUUGGAAUAACCACUUAAUUGUGCAUGUGAUAAUUGAGAAUGACUCCUAAUUAGUAAUUAUACCCUGGAGAAUGACAAAGCACAGGAGUCAAGGGUUGGAAGUUUUUACUCAUUUUCCAAACUGCCUAACAAAUUGAAACAGUGCAUGCAGUAAUAAUAAAAAAAAAAAGCUAACUGCUGAUCUCUGGCUGGUCAGUAGCACUAUUCAGUCUGUCACAGGGAAUUGUCAAGACAGUGCUGACAAGACUGUUUUGCUCAACGUCUUUUACUUCUCUGUAGAAGCAUUGUGUAUUUAUGGAAGAGAACUUUUGCUGCAAAUAACAGCACCUACAUAAGGGUGUUCUGUUAAGAACUUCCAGGGCCAUCCAUCUUCAUUUGUUGGCUGGCAAAAAAGUGUAUUCUGUGACUUGUAUAGAGGUUUAACUGAGGUUAAAUGUUAAUAAGACAGCCGUUUGAGCCCAGAAAAUUUGUAAAACAGAAAAUGCUUUUGUGAGGGCUUCAAUUUCAGAGGUUGAGAGAUGAAGAGGAGGUGAGAGAGAAAAAAAUAAAUGUGUGGCCUCCCUUUUGGAAGUACAACGACAUAUUUCAUAAGCUUUCUCCUGUUUGUUAUGGUAGUUGCAUAUCCGCGGUUGUACUGCAUUAUUUUGUUAACUGGCAUAAAGAGCUAUGCAUAUCUAAAAAGUUCUCAUAGAUGAACUGAAUGAAAAGAAAGAGAAAUAAAUAGCUUCUCAACAGA